AUGGCGAAAAGAUUGCUCGAGAGAUUUCGGGUGCGAGAUGACCAUGAGCACGGAUACGAGACGACCAAAUGGAUCAAUCCUGAUAUCGCACCUCUGCCUCCCAACAGAAGAACGUGGGGGAUGUGGGCAUUCCUUGGUUUUGGAUCCAUCUCCAAUCUUUGCAUCUCGGCAUGGACAGGCGCGGCGUCUCUGUUGUCGCUGGGUCUCACGAUCCCGCAGACCAUAGGCCUGAUGAUUCUGGCUAGAGCUCUGAUUUGUCUGCUCGUCAUUGGUAACGGAUGGAUGGGCUCCGAAUGGCAUAUUGGCUUCACUGUGUCACAGAGAAUCAUCCUGGGUAUGAACGGUGCCUACAUCGGCCAGUUGAUCCGAAUCAUGCUCUCCAUCGUCUGGUAUGGCUCCCAAGCCUGGCUGGGUGGUCUCUGCGUAUCUGCCAUGCUUAGCAGCUGGAGCUACAACUUCUUGAUGAUGGAGAACACGCUCCCAGAGAGCGCGCACAUGGUCACUAGAGAUCUGGUUGGAUUCGUCAUCUUUCACUUGAUCUCGGUUCCCUUCCUGCUCAUCAGGAUUGAGAAGGCCAAGAUCCCCGUCAUCACAGCCAACCUCAUCGUCUUCGUCACAAUGAUGGGCAUCACAAUUUGGGCCUGCACCACUGGCGGCACAGGUCCCCUUUUCGAGUCCGGCGCAAAGCAGUCAUCUCUUCUCACAAAGGAAUGGGCCUGGGUCUACGGCAUCAUCGCAUCGGUCGGCAACAUUUCGGCGGGUAUCCUUAACCAGUCCGACUUCACGCGUUUCGCCCGCAAACAAGGCAUCCAGGUCCCUGGUAUCGUUUUUUCCCUCUUCAUCCCGGGAAUGAUCGUGCCCAUCUUCGCCAUCCUCACCGCCUCGGCGUCCAUGGAGAUUUGGGAGCUCGAGGAGCCUAUGUGGAACCCACUGACUGUCAUAACACAGUGGAUGAUGGACGACUACAGCUCCAAGGCCCGCGCCGGUGCCUUCUUUUGCAGUUUGGGCUUCGUUCUUGGUCAGAUUGCGGAGAAUAUCCUCGGUAACGGAUAUGCUGCCGGUAUGGAUCUCGCGGGUCUGCUACCUACCUGGAUCACCAUUAAGCGUGGCGCGCUUCUUGCCGCGGCUCUGUCGUGGGCCGUUCAGCCGUGGGAGUUUUACAACACUGCUAGCACGUUCGUGUCUGUGGCCGCUAGUUUCUCCGUCUUCAUGGGUCCCUUGACUGGCAUCAUGAUGACUGACUACUUUGUCGUCCGCCGCCAGAAGAUUGAAAUCAGCCAGUUGUACACCGGAUCCAAAGAGGGAGCUUACUGGUACACCUACGGAUUCAACUGGAGAGCCUUCGUCGCUUGGGUCGUCUGCUUCGUCCCCGCCAUGCCGGGAAUGAUUGCCGCCGUCAACCCCAACGUCAAGAUUAACGAUGGGCUUUAUAAGUACUACCUUGGCAACUACAUUUUUGGUUUCCUAGAGGCUGGAGCGCUCUAUGCUCUCUUGACCUUUGUUUUUAAGCCGCAGAGGCUUGGGUGCCAGGACGACUUCGACCUCUACGGCACAUUCGAAGAUGAUGUCGCGAUCAGCAAGGGCAUGGCGCCUUUUGAAAGACCCAAGGGGGUUGAUGGGCCCAUUGAAGGAAGAUCAGUACAUCUCCAAGAUGACGACUCCAAGAACAAGCCUGGGCCAUCCAUCGCUGUUUGA